GAGUGGUUAUCCAUAUUUUAUCAGCAGAGUUUAGGUUUUUAUGUUGUUUUAUUAGAUACAAACAACAAGAAGUUGUAUGGCUGUGCGUGUGUGGAUUGUGGGUACCUCCCACAUCACAAGAUUGAGGAGCUACGUGGAUGACAACCCUUGGGAUUUUAAAAAUUCCCCGGGAUUUGAUGAAGUUUACACUGAGCGCAGCGGAGGGACCAUAGAACAUUUAAAAUCAAAGGUUAAAGCCAGGGAACCAGUAGUAGGUCAAGGAUUUGUAAGUUGUUUCAUCCAGGGUGGCGGAAAUGACAUUAGCAAUAAAACCGCUGAUAUGCAGGGCAACCUGGAAGAUAUCAGCCAGGAGAUAGCGGAGAGGCUAUGGUCCCUUGCUACAGAAUGCGCCAAACAUAUGGGACCAAAUGGUAAGGUGCUAGUAGGAAAACUCAUUCACCGCACACCCUCUAUGAAAUACCCGAAAGGGAUCCAAACAGAACAACACGCCAGAAGACAUAAUUUAGUUACUGAUAGGGUAAACGUUUUAUUGAAUUCAAAAUCAACUGACAACAUAAUAUAUUAUCGAACAAGAGGAGUGGAGCAGUCCAUUGCCGAGAAACUCGCGGAUGGGGUGCAUUUCAAACACUCUUUCAUGAGAGUUUACAGAGACAGUGUCAUGGAUGGCCUGUUUCUAGGCAUAGGACGGGCCAUGCAUAGUUAG